UGGCCUACGCCCGGCGGCCAUAUUGAGUGUGGCAGGAGUGGCAGAAAGGGCUGCCCGCUCCCUGUCCGCCGCGGUUAYCCGCGUGUGUCACCAUCCCCGCCGCUCCUGGGGCCCCAGGUUGGAGGCUGCUGGCUGUCCCAGCCCUUGAGGCCUUGCCAGUGCUGGCAGAGUGUGCCCAAGCCCACCCCAGAACACAGAGUGGCUCAGCCCUGCCAGCCUGUGCACCAUGUCCCUCCGYGAGCACGCGCUGUCCCUGUUCCGCAGCGCCGUGGGCACCGUCCGCCCAGCUCCCAUGCUGAAGAGGGCUCUGAARCUCCAGGGAGAUGAUUGCCCUCAGCUGCUGGUGAAGGGCCAGGCCUUUCCAGUGAAGAGGGACCUGUACCUGGUGGGCUUUGGAAAAGCUGUGCUGGGGAUGGCCGCAGCAGCAGAAGAGAUCCUGGGAGAUCACCUCACUCGGGGGAUCAUCAAUGUGCCGCUAGGGAUCCAGGAGAGCCUGCGGCGAGCRGGAAUGCAGGAGAUGMUGCUGAAGCCACACAGCAAAAUCCAGGUCAUCGAAGGUGCCAAGAACAACCUYCCAGAUGCAGAGGCUCUGAAGGGAGCAGUUGCCAUCCAGAAGCUGGCUGAGGGUCUGACUGCAGAUGACCUGCUCCUUGUACUCAUCUCAGGGGGUGGAUCAGCCCUACUGCCUGCUCCCAUCCCUCCCAUCCUCCUCGAAGAGAAGGAGAAACUCACAAAGAUGCUGGCUUCCCGAGGAGCUGCCAUCCAGGAGCUGAACAUUGUCCGGAAGACUUUGUCCGUGCUGAAGGGUGGAGGGCUGGCCCAGCUGGCACAUCCCGCACGGGUGGUGAGUCUCAUCCUUUCUGAUGUGAUAGGUGACCCCCUGGACAUCAUAGCGAGUGGGCCCACUGCUGCCAGCUCCCACAGUGUCCAAGACUGCCUUCAGAUACUCACCAAAUACAACCUGCUGCACAGCCUGCCCAAGUCCGUGGAAACCGUCCUUUCCAGCUCUCCCACCAAGCCCUCUGCUCCAGAAAACUACUCCCAUGUUUCCAACCUCAUCCUCGGGUCAAACACGCUGGCUUUGGAGGAGGCCAAACGCCAGGCCGAGGGUCUGGGCUAUGCAGCUCUGGUCCUGAGUGCAGCAGUCCAUGGGGAAGUUGGCCAUGUUGCCAUGCUGUACUGCCACCUGAUCCAGCUGCUCUGCCUGGGCUUUGCCGGCCUCGGAGAAGGGCCCCUGAGUGACGAGCUGAGGGGGAAUCUCCUGCAGCUGUCAGCACAGCUACAGAUCCCAGGCUUGGACCUUGAGGAGUUUCUCCAGGCCCUGCGAGGAUUAGGGCCCGACAGACCGGUCUGCAUUCUGGCUGGUGGAGAAACCACAGUCCAGCUGCAAGGCAGCGGCAAGGGAGGGAGGAACCAGGAGCUGGCCCUGCGUGUGGGGCUGGGGCUGCACAGGGCUCAGGCCACAGGGGCCAGCAGCCCCCAAGGGAGGUGUGAGAUCCUCUUCUUGAGCGGGGGAACUGACGGGCAGGAUGGGCCCACCGAGGCAGCAGGRGCCCUCUGCAGCCCAGCGCUGGUGGCUGAGGCACUUCAGGAGGGCCUGGAUGUGGAGGCUUUUCUCAGCAACAACGACUCCUACACCUUCUUCAGCCAGUUCCAAGGUGGGCGUCACCUCCUGGUGACAGGCUUGACAGGCACCAAUGUCAUGGACAUCCAGGCCAUUUUAAUUAGAGCCAUGGAGAGAUCAUGAAAACUCCCUCUGCAGAUAUCCAGAUGCACUUAAUUAGRAGCAGGAGUAAAUGAAAGCACCAACGCUGCAGACAAAUGCAAACUACUUAAAUUAGGGCUCACUGUCGAGGCUGCUAGUGUCUUUGACAGAAAGAAUCCACUAAUUAGACACAUGAGUGGAUGUCCACAGCAAAAACAGCCACUUGUAAUUGCGGGGAUCAGAGGAAGGUAAGAGGUCACAUUACAGACAAGGAAAGUGGAUUUGAGACUCUUGUGACUGUUUCAACUAUAGCUGAGAGAUGGGGAAGUUGAGGCUAUGGCAGGGCUGCCCUUGCUGCACUUCCAGUGCCCGCAGCUCCAGAGCAGCUCAGCAGUGGGGUUCUGGGGGUUCACUGGAGCACAUUACAGCGACUGAAGGAUGCAAAUGCAGUAACAGCAAGGUCUGCCCACCUGAGCAUGGAGGUGGUGGGGGAAUGUGGUGGGAAGGGGACACCCAGCAACCGCUCCAUGUGCCAGCACAGUGCCCUGCAGCUCUUCCCACACCAGGGUACUGAGGUGACAGGGACCCCAAGCUCAGAAGGAUGCACACCCAGGAGUGUGGYUAAGAAGAACAUUGGCAGAGAGAAGUUGAUGAUACUAUCUUGGUGACACAAGCAGUGCACAGUGACAAAGARCAUGGCAUACCUUCACUGUGCAGCRUAAGGAAAAGGACGAAUGAAGUGCYGUGACAAGCCAGCCAAGCAGAGCCCUCCUCCAGCCUCCUUCACUCCACAGGAACAUCUUCCCUGCUGGUCCCUGUUGGGAGAGCCUYCGUGCCAGCAGCAUGUAUGCUAUGAGCUUUCAUGGUGUUGUUUUCCAACUGUCUAGAAAACAGUCGUGCAUCCAGCCUGAGCCACUGACCUUUCCUCUGCGCUGAGGCAGAAGUCGCUGUCAUUCUGAUUAACUCUGCUAAUUCCACAGAACAAAAGGCAAGGAAACCUUCAUGCUCAGCUCUCCUGACCCAUGCUGCUGAGCUGAUCAAAGGGCAAAGCUGCCAGAGCUGUGGUCUGACAGGGAGCUGCUCCCCCCACAUGCAUGAGGACACGGUGGUUAUCACGUUUUUGUCACCUACUGCAGUGUGAUAUGUGGGAGAGCAGAGAUGAGCUUGGUUUCCCAGGACGUGGAGCCUACAGUGGGGCUGGAUUUCGGGAGGGCUCUGCCUGUAGCAACAGGCACACUGACGGUUUGGCUGGAUAUUCAAAGGACUUCAGCUCAGCAGCCAGUAUGACCCAGCACGUCCGACUCCUUUUGAAUAUCUGUCUGUUUGUUACAGAGCCUAAGUGGGAGCUGAGCUCCUUUGAAAAUCCUGCUCUAAUGUAAUAGGACACGCUUGACUCAGACUCUUUCCAGACAGACCGACCUACUCCGUGCAGCUGAUCUCAUCUCGUGACAUAAAUACACAGUUGUGCCAACACCCUGAGUCGUGGUGUCUCGCUGAACAGUCGUUCUGCACCCCACUUCAAGGUGGAUCAGAGGGUGGGGUUUUGAGGAGGAUGCAAAACCGCCUAUUUUGGUUUUGAAGCCAAUAUUUAACAAGUAGGGAUAUCAGCAGGACCAUCAUGGGGCCCAGUGUCAGUGCCAGGCUGGCAGCUGGACAGUCUGGGCGACAGCCCAGGCUCAGAGKCAGGCACAACCCUGGGAAUUUUCAAAACACCAGUCUUGCCCAGUGGUUUAAACUCAUCCACGCAUCUCAUUUGUCCUCAGAGUCUGAWGGUCUUCUGUAACAUGCCUGAACUUGCUCACAGCAGCAAACAGCUCCAAGAUCUGCUGGGGAAAAUCUGCCAAGCGUUACAGAGCUCGCUGUGGCCCUGUAAUGUCAGGGGGUGGUUGUGCAGGAGAAGCUGCUUUGUGCCGUGUGUUUUUCUCCRGAGGUCGCUGGCAGGUCGCCUGCUCCAUGCCCAGCAGGGCAGCUCCACAGGGCCACUAGCAUGGGCAGCGAUACAGCCAGAGUAUGGGCUGCAGCCAGCAUGACUGCCUAAAGCUGGCUCCACAACCUGGAGAGUGUGGCAAACGCUCCCUGGACUAUUCUGCUCCAGCAGAACACAAGUGACUCGGAUUGCAGGCUGAGGUGCCUGGCAGAGGGGUCACUUGAGCAGAGUGCCAGCCUGGGCACGCUGCCACAGGCCCACCAUAACCCCCUGCCCAGUGCUC